AUGAAGAAGGCGGCCGCAGACAUCCCCGACGCGUGGGACGACGAUUGGGAGGCCCAGGUCGACAGCCUCCCCCAGCAGGACGUGCAGCCGGAGGGGACGUCGGCGCCCCUCACAAAGGCCGAGCGGCUGGAGCAGCACGCCGAGGCAAAUCGCAAACUGUGGGAGUCGGCCGACACGCCCCAGACCUUUCACUACCUGGAGGCCAAUAACGACGUUCCCCUUGCGUCCACCUUUAAGCCCCAGGUCAAGGUCCUGAGCCGCAAGCCGGUCGUUGCCAAGGACCCCGUCACCGGCCUGGCCCGGCUCGCCCUCGACGACGAUGCCGACCAGUCGGACAAGAGGGAGGCCCAAUUGACCCCGGAGCAGAUCCGCGCCAAGCAGAAGCGGGAUCGGGAGGAAAAGCAAAGGCGCUACGACGAGGCACGCGCCAAGAUCUUUGGCGAGUCGGCCUCGUCGUCUCGUGGCUCGUCCCCCGGCACCGUUACCCCGCCCCGCCCAGAGGGCCGUCACCAAUCGGGCAACGGCCGAGGUCGUGGCCGUGGCGGAGGACCGAGGAACGGCCCGGACACUCGGCAGUCACAGCCCGACAUUCGCCGGCAGAACAGCCAAGCCGGUCCGACCAGAGAGCUGUACGACCCCAACUACGCAUCCAAGCCCGAGCUCCCCGCGCAGAGACGAGGGCCGGAAGGUGAUGCGUGGAAAAGCCCUCCGCCCAGAGACGAACCACAACAGCCCAUCCGGGCGCCCAGGGGACCCGACGGCAGCGGACGGGGAGGGGCCGGCUUUGUGCGGCGCGGCGGCAAAGAAAGUUGA